GCUUAAAGCAAAUCCUUGGACACGUUCGCCUUCCAUUCCAAUUUCCACCACUGCUCACCGCUUUCCUUUCUCCACCCACUGCACUGCCUCGCCCCGCCUCGCGCAUGCAUACCCAGUCGCCGAACUCCAUUCUAAACCCCUCCCACUGAACGGACUCGCCGCCGGUAACCGUCCGCCGACUCAUCCGCCGUGCUCCGCCGCCCGUAAUGCCUCUGUCACAGCCUUCGCCGUCUACGUUACCGGUUCGCGACGACUGUUGGACCGAGGACGAUACUUUGACUCUCAUCGAGGCCUGGGGAGAGCGUCAUCUCGACUUGAACCGCGGCAACCUUCGCCACAAACACUGGCAAGAGGUCGCCGAAGCUGUCAACUCCCGGCAUGGUCAUGACCGGAAGUCCCUUCGUACCAAUAUUCAGUGCCAAAACCGUAUCGAUACGCUUAAGAAGAAGUACAAGAUCGAGAAGGCGAGAAGUCUAGAAUCCGGUGGUUCGUACGUCUGUGCUUGGCCAUUCUUCUCCUGCCUCGACGAUCUUAUUGGCAACAGCCACAAGCCUUCGACGCCGGCCGCCGUAUCUAAUUGGAAAACCGCUCCAGUAACGACUCCAGGUUUUUCACUGUUCUCGAAUGUUCCGGUUGGGCUUCGAUCCGGAACUAAGAAACGUCGUUCGACUCACGUCUAUAGGAGUUUUUGCGACUCGUACCUUCGCCGGGAUGUAAAUUCGAAAGAGGAUGAAGGAAAGUACGGUACGGAUUCCGAGGAUUCGAGGUCAUUGUCGAGUCCAAGGUUCAACGACAGAGAGGUAGGGUAUAGAAAACUGGCUCGGGCAAUAGGGACGAUUGCUGAUAUAUACGAGAGAGUGGAGGUAGCAAAACAGAGGCACAUGGUAGAAUUGGAGAUUCAACGGAUGCAGUUUGUUAAAGAAUUGGAGUAUCAGAGAAUGCAACUUCUUAUGGAGAUGCAACUUCAGAUUCAAAAGAUCAAGCGCGCCAGGCGAGAUUCAGGAACCGACAAUUGGUGGUUUUAAGUACAAGUUGGGGUGGGGAUUCGAACUCACAACCUAUUGAUCAGAGAUAGGUGUCAAUGAACCACUGAGCUAAGUUAAUGUUCCCAUGGACGACUGGUUAUUCCUUGAGAUUAAAUCCAAAUUAACAUGGAGCAUGAGUUAACAGCAAAAAUGCAAAAUAAUUAGUUGUCAAGAUGAAAUAUUUUGAUGUUUAACAUUGUCUAUAUUGCAUCUCUAUCUCUGGACAGAAGAAAAGGAAGAAGAUUCUGGACGAGUUCAUUCUCAAUAGGGGCUGUUUGUUUUCUACUGAAAAAAAUUGUGCAAGAUGGCUAUAGUACUGGUGACAAGGGAUGUGAGACAGUUGAUUGCUUCUCUGUGGAUUGAAAUGAAAAAAAGAAAAGAGAACACAAUAGGCUGCACAUAUAUAAUUGUUACUCGUAGCCAACAAAGUAGGAAGGACUAGGAAAAGUUUAUCUCUUUUUUGAAAGGCACACAUACACGCCCUCGAUGCUGGUUAUAAACUCCAGACUUUGAGCUUGUUUUGGCCGGAGGAUUUUUUGGUGGAGCUGCUUGAAACUUGAAGCUGGGAUUGACCAGCAUCUCCUUCCUUUUUGUGAGUAACAAUCAAUCUUUUGUUUUGUUUUUGUUUUUUGAGGGUAGUAACAAUCAAUAUAAUCAGUAAUCACCUGUUAUUUUGGUCAUCUGAAAUAUAUAGUGUUUUAUUUGGUAGCGAGUAUACAAUACUUCUCCCAA